GAGGCGAAAAGCUUGUGGUCGCAUCCUUUCCCAUCUCGCGCCUUUUUGUUGCUUUCUCUUUUCCGUCUUCCUUCCUAACCACGGACGCUAUCGACCAAGUUCCCAACCUCAACAUGUCGCAUCUCGAGAAAGCAGAAACAGGCACCGUCGGCGCGACCCCUCCCCGCCAGGCUCUUGGUGGUGCGAGAGCCCCGAAGAGACUCGCUAAUCCUGGUCCUCUGGGCCUAUGGUCCUUCGCAUCGACCACCCUUAUCUUGUCGCUAUUCAACCUUCAAGCACGCGGCAUCAAUACCCCCAAUAUCGUCGUUGGCAUGGCCCUCUUCUGUGGAGGUCUUGCUCAAUUCCUUGCUGGUAUGUGGGAGUUCCCUGCAGGCAACACUUUCGGUGCUACCGCAUUCACAUCGUACGGCGCCUUCUGGAUGUCAUUUGCCACCAUCUACAUCCCUAACUCUGGUAUCCUCGCUGCCUAUGAGGGCAGCCCAACCGAGCUUGCCAGUGCAGUGGGUAUCUAUUUGAUGGCAUGGUUCACGGUCACAUUCCUUCUCUUUAUCGCCGCGCUCCGUCGUAGUGUCGGUUUGUGCUUCUUAUUCGGAUUCCUCACCAUAACCUUCAUGCUUCUCGGCAUCGGUGAAUUCCAAGCUAGCGUCGCCACGACCAAAGCUGGAGGUGCUAUGGGGAUUGCUACAGCUCUCAUCGCGUACUACUGCGGCAUGGCUCAACUCCUCACGAGGGAAGAUUCCUGGUUCACGCUCCCACUUGGUGAAAUCCCGAAGCGAUUGGAUUAGGCUAUGUCACGUCGUUACUUACUGCCCAAUGUGGAUUACCCCGUGAUGCCUCUCUACGUUACUGCCAUGGUGUACAUAUUAGUCGGAUCUGGAACUGUCUCUCUCAUCCCCCUCAACGCGUUGGUAUCUUCCAUUCAUCUGCUUUGGUCUCUUUCGUUCUUGCUUGUUACCUCAUUUACCACUUUCCUGGUCUUUCUCGUCGGAAUCGAUUGUUUUUUGUCUC